AUGUCCCAGUUUGUUCUUUCAUUUCAUUCAGCUGUAGUUAGGUUAGGUACUCGUUGGAUUUAUUUGGUUGGCAUUUGAUUAAGGGUUUCUUGAAGAAAAAUAGAAGUACAAUUUAAUUAUAAACUAACAUCGGUUCUAGGGGAAGUGGCAGAUGGAUUUUGAAGACACGACUGACACAUCUGACUCCCAAGCUGUCCUAGUGGUUGAAUUCAAUAAUCAAGCAACUUUAAAUCAUCAAGAAACUGUAGAUAAUGUUCCUAUUAAUGGAUUAGAAAAUAAUUGGGAUGCAGAACUACAUGCAAGUCAGUCUUCUUCAAUCAACCUAGGGCUUCCUAUUCCACUGCCAUGUCCUGUAACAACAUCCUCCACCUCUCUGUUUUCAGAAACAGAUCAUGAAGGCACUUUUGCUGACGACUUAGAAGCUUUGUUUUCUUCUGCUGAAAAUCAAGCAGACCACCUUGGAGACCUUUUAGAUGUUGGUGCGGAGGCUGGUGUGUGCGGGUUACGCAACUUGGGCAACACAUGUUUCAUGAGUACAGGAGUCCAGUGCCUGAUGGCCACUCCGGCACUGGUUCACUGCUUGCUGCACCAGCCGACACCUGCCAAGGACACACUCACCUCACACCUGUCUGUCCUCACACACAAGAUGUGGAGUGGUCAGUACUCGGCUGUGCAGCCCUCCGACUUCAAGGAGACCUUGGGUGCUCACUACCCUCAGUUCAAGGAUUUCCGACAGCAUGACUGCCAGGAAUUUCUCGCUCUUUUGCUGGAUGGACUUCAUGAACAAAUGAACAGUUCUUCAUUACAAAAUAAACUUCAGGACAUGUUGGAAUCGGAUUGUGACAUGGAAAAUACCUCAAAAAUGUUGUUAAAAUCACUUCCUAACGGCAUGUGUAAAAACCUUUCUCCAACUCAUAAUAAUUUGAAAGAAACCAUUGAUAGCAUGAAAACCAAAACUCCCGAUAAAAAUGAAUCCUUAUCAUGUACUCCGAAACUGGAUAAAAAAAUAAACAAUUGUGAAGUAAAUGAAAUUGAAACACCAGAAACAAGUUAUAAGCUGCCGCUUAUAGUAAAUAAAUAUGAGAGUGAAGAAGCUUCCGGAUCUACAAAUAGACAUGACCAGAUGUACUCUUUACGUAACGUAACAAAAGACUCAUUACCGGCAAAUAUUCUGAACAAUUGCUCUCCAAGACUCAGUGGAUUUGAAGACAUUAUCAAAGAUGCGAAAACCUCCAACGUGAAUGUACUUGUCACAGAACAAGAAGCUAAUAACGAGAUAAGAUUUGAUUCUGACAAAUUUCCGAGAAGUGAGAAUGUUCGACGGCGAGAAACCUUUAACUUCAAUUCGUUUCACCUUUACGAGAACAACAUGACGAGUGGCAAGAGAGGGAAGAGCACAGUUACACACUACAAGAGCACUGUUGAUUUUAGGGAAGGGCUCGAUUUGAAAAGGUUGAAAGUGCAGCGCAACGAGUCUCAAGACGAAGGGGAUGGCGACACCAUUAUGGAUUGUGAUUGGAGAGAAAAACCAUCGUAUGGAGGACGAGCGCAAACACAGAGAUCAGUUGUUCUGUAUUAUCCAUUGUACCUUUCUGUCGGCAGGAUGGAGUGUGAACGGAGGCGCAGAGAUGGCCCAGGACCCAGCAGUACCAGCUCUGUGGCUCAGUCCGUGCGUACCGAAGUAGACCUGGAGGCUGAGGUACACUGGCAGAAACACCUAGCUGCACAUCAGAGUGUCAUAGUUGACACUUUCCAAGGCCAGUUCAAGAGCACGGUUGUUUGCUCAAAGUGUGACCACGUGUCUGUGACCUAUGAGCCAUUUAUGUAUCUCUCUGUACCUUUGCCUCAUGCUAUGGAACGGCAACUUUCUGUCACAUUCGUAAGUGCAAAAGAAAGUGAGCCAGUGCAAUAUCUGCUUACUGUCAACAAGAGAGAUACAGUCGGCAGCCUCAGGGAGCAGCUGCUGAACAUCAUCGGGAGACCUCUCUCAUCGGUAGUGUUGGCAGAGGUCUUGGACUACCACAUAGCAAAAGUUCUGGAUGAGAAUCACCUUGUGCGUUACAUUAACAGCACUAAUCGGAGCCUUUACGCGUUCGAGCUUGCGAACUUUUCUCAUUUCUCAGGUGUGGAAACUGCUGAGUGUGAUAAGGUGAAGGCGGGUGAGGACAUGUCUGGUGAUGCUUGUACCAUUUGCCUGGAGGAGAAGGAAUCCAACAUGAGUCGUCACAUCGGCUGUACAUGUAUACUAUGUGACUCCUGUAUUGUUCGCUCCAGCCAACACUAUGGUGAGGAGACUCUCAAGUGUCCUGUGUGUCGAAAGGAGCUGACAAAAGGAGAUAACCUGAUUACUGUCGGUCUCACUCCAGAUACCAAACCUCCAGUCAGGAUGCUGAACGUGUCCCUCGUGUUCCGGUUGGAUACUGUCGGAGACGGGAACAACAACAUGAGAACGAUCCAGUUGUUUGGUCACCCUCGGCUGCUCAGACUGCCAAACCGUUUGCAGUGCCAACAGUUACAUGAGGCAGUGGCGUCUGUCACACCCUACUCUCAGCCCUAUAAAAUCCUUCUCGUUGACGGCCAAGGCCACCACUGCUCCCGCUGCAUGUUCAACGCCCACUGCCGCGGCUGUCCUGUGGCUCCGGAGGGUUCCUUGGUGCUGCGCGCAGGAGACUCCCUGGCGGCCAUGUUUGUGGAACCUGUCCCCGAGCUGUCGGUCAUCCAACACUCCACUAUGCUGCGAUCUGCCAUCAACAACCCACUCUCACUCUACGACUGUAUCCAGGCCUUCAGUCAGAGUGAGGUGCUGGAUGAGCACAACCCCUGGUACUGCCCAAGCUGCAAAAAGAACCAAUGUGCGACUAAGACACUCUCUGUCUGGAGAUAUCCUAACUAUUUAAUCAUUUACCUCAAACGGUUCGUGUUCCAAGACUGUGUAAGUAUGAAGCUGGAUGAUAAAGUGACAUUUCCCCUUUGUGGUCUGAACCUGUCUCCAAGCAGCUCUCUGUAUGAUCUCUACGCAUGCGUCUGCCACGUGGGAGGUGUAUCUGCUGGACACUACACUGCCUACACUCAGCAUCCACGGACUGGAGAGUGGCACUAUUACAAUGACGAUUUUGUUAGUAAACAGCCACCCCAGGACGACGACUAUAGCACAUGUGUAUCUGCUGGACACUACACUGCCUACACUCAGCAUCCACGGACUGGAGAGUGGCACUAUUACAAUGACGAUUUUGUGUAUCUGCUGGACACUACACUGCCUACACUCAGCAUCCACGGACUGGAGAGUGGCACUAUUACAAUGACGAUUUUGUUACUAAAACAGCCACCCCAGGACGAUGACUAUAGCAAUGCCUACAUUCUCUUCUACAAGAAACGAG